CACAACUCCUAUAAUACCGACGUGCCUCCUCCAGAGACCAAGCAGGAUGCAGAGACGAUAUAGGAGAAGAGAGAACCCCAAUGCUAGCAAGGACGAUCAGGGUUCUAACCAUGUGGAAGAGACGCAUAGUUCCUCUGCUCAUAGCCCAGGCUCUCUCCUCAGCCAAGACGGCCGUUCAUCUGUCUCAUCCCCACCACCGCCUCCAGAUAUCGACUUGACUCCCGGCCGCCAAUUUCACCCUGAAAAUAUAUACCCUCACCACUUCAGCCAAGACGACAUUGAGGUUCCGACGGGAGACCGCAUCUAUCUUGCAUGCCCCGGAUCAAAGCGAAAGUGCCCCCAUUGUAACGCACACGUGGUCCACAAUGACUGUCUUGUAAUUGCGAUUGAUGGGGCAUGUUCGAACAAUGGCAAGGACGACGCGCGUUCGGCAAUUGGGGUAUUCCAUGGCUACGACAACGACUUCAACAUCUCCUAUACUUUAGACAGCUUUGACCGUCACACAAACCAGAUAGCCGAACUGGAGGCUUGCUCGAGAGCUCUAUCUGAUGCAAUCAUUAUACAGGCAGAGUGGGACAUGGCAGACGAUCGCCUUAGUGCAAUUAUAAUCAAGUCUGAUUCCGAGUACGUGGUGCGGGGCCUGACUGAGUGGCUCCAGAAGUGGAAGAAAAAUGGCUGGAAGAAUGCCAAGGGCUCUCCAGUCGCGAAUUCUACCCAUUUCCAACGGAUUGAGCGGCUGAUUGAACAGCUUGAACAGCAUAUCUCCGUCAAAUUUUGGAUGGUGCCUCGAGAACGGAACGCGAUGGCAGAUAGUCUAGCGAAAGCUGCUCUAGAAGAAAAGGGUACCGGGCAGCAGUAUUACGCCGUGUAGACUAUUUUAUAUCUCUAAAUAUAUUCUACUACAUUUGAAGGAAGGCCGAGGAGCAGAAUUAGGGGAGGAAAGAUCAAUUCAGGGGCAUAGGGACAGAUCUUUCAACGGUUUGGUGAAGAAAGAUGAAGAGUUAUCGGUCAUGACAACGCAGAAACCAUGCUAAUUCUGUACGUAUAAUCCACCUAGACCACCACUCAUCUUGAUUAGCAUACCUAAUUGCAGGAGCUUGGUCCCCGAACAGUGGCUCUCGACUGGAUUCUCAUUCUAAAAUUUCCGGGUGACCGCAUUCUACCAUUUGCAUUUGCCGCACAUGCAGAGGUGUUACGAGUGACCUAUGGAACAUCCCCUUCAAAAUCCUAUCAGUUUAUCCAAAAUCCACGCCAACCUGGAUCCGUCAUCUAAGAUCUGCCAAGGCGCGGUUGUGACAUGCGUGUUGACCGGCGAAGCGAUGGCGACGUGCUAGACGCCGCCAGCUGGGACGAUCCUCUGGCAAGUCGAGCUGACCGACGGACACCGUGUUCCACGCCAUGUCUCAUCAACUGCCCCUGAAGAAAAUAAAGAAUCCGGAUAUUCGAUGUAGC